GUUUGGCGUUAGACUAUUUUAACCUCAAUUCAAUCGGCAUUAGACGUUAACCGUUCAAGUGUGGCCACUCCGUUUAACGCGUUCAUUGAUCUACAAAGUUUGGUGUAAAAUGUGCACUUUUCAUUGUCUGUAAUAAAAAUAAAUAUAAAUAAAUAAUGCUCCUUUUCACUGUCAAAAUAUUGUCUCGUACGACAUCGAACAAUCACAUUUCCGAAAACCAUCAGAAUAAUAUUAUUUUGAUAUAUUUUUGUAACUAAAUUAAAUCGUGGAUAAUGAUAAGUUUACCAAAGACAAAACGAGAUCCGAAGAAAACGGCAGACCUGUGCAAAUGCCGCCCAGUUUGUAAAAGUCGUAGACGUGAGUGGAAGGGAGAGCUGCAGAAAACGUCAGCUGAACUGCUGCUGGAGAGGAAACCUGUCCGCGACUGCUUGCGAAGAUGGCCGACGAGAGUGUACCCCAACAGCCCGUGUCCACUGCUCGCGCGCACGCGUCACGUCACCGUCGUAGAGAGAGACGUGGAGCGCCCGCCGAAAGUCGUUCGGAUAUGCCAAGCGCCGGUCGACGAUGUUGCGGACACUCCGUAUCUGAAGCUUGCACAAAUGCUUAUAAAUUUAGGUGCUAUGGACGCGGUGAAGUCGCGCUGCCCGUUCUGCAGAUGCAGCGGUUGCUGCGCGUGCGACGCGCGCGACUACCAGCCGGCCGACGAGACGCGCGUCAAGUCGCGACGACGCGACAUGCGCGACUUCGACGCGCGUAUCCGCCGCGACUACCAGCCUAUGCGGACUAUGUACCGAUAAAUGUUAAGUGCGACUUCCGUUCCAUUCCAUCAGCCUGUAAACGUCCAAUGCUGGACGUAGGCCUUU